CACACACACACACACACACACACACACACACACACACACACAGACAGGCUCGAGAGUGUCCGAGGAAAGGAAAGUUCUGAUUCUGAAUGAACACGUGAUUUUAUCUGCAGAUGAUCGGAGGAGGAUUUGAUCGUCAGUGUGUGUGAGAGGCAAACUGUUGAUUUACAGGUUAAUGAUCAAUCCACCAAAAGUUUGUAUUCAGUGCAGUGAUGGAGUCUGUUGGAUACCACCAGUUCAGUUCAUCUCAGCAGGAAACUCCAGAGAUGCAUCUCAAAGCAGAACCUCCGUCCACAACCAACAGACGGAACUGGAGGAUUUACAUCAUGUUGGGGGUUUUAGCUCUUUUCCUGUUCCUGCUCACACUGACUGUCGGAAUCAAAUUCUCUCAGGUGAAUCAGCAGGUGUCGGAUGCUUUAAUUUCACUGCAAACAAUCGGUGCUUCAAUUACAGUUAGUCAGAAAGGUAGUUUACAUGCUGGGCCUACAGUAUCCCUGCCAGGGAGAGGCUUAUGUCUGAAGGACUGGUUCUUCUACAAGGACAAGUGCUACUUCAUAUCCACAGAGAGAAUGAACUGGAACAACGCUGAGAAGAAAUGUACAGAGAAGAAAUCCCACCUACUGGUGGUGAAUGACCAAGAGGAACUGGAGUUUGUAUCUCAGUUACUCGAAUGGCAAACAAGUUACUGGAUUGGAUUGGUCGAGCGGGAUGAAGAGGGGAACUGGAGCUGGGUUGAUGGUACCGACUUCAAAUCAACUGAGCAUUUUUGGGAUGAAGAGCAGCCGGAUGAUUGGGACGUGAGAGUGAACGGAGAGGACUGUGGACAAAUUCAUGCUCAGCAAGUGCCAGAUAUCUCAUCACUUCGACGGUGGAACGAUGCCGACUGUACGAUGUUUUAUAAGUUUAUCUGUGAGGGAAUACCAUGACCCCCCCAUCCUUCCCUCCCACUGUACACCUCUCACACUCUACGCAGUGUCCAGAAAUUUGUAAUAUUUGUUUGCUUUCAUUAUUGGACCAUGUAUAGUUUUGGAGAAUUGCUUUAAUUAUUUUAAUGUGUGUGAAUAAUAAUAAACUGGGGAAAAUCAAAAAAGAGGAAAUAAA